AACAAAGCUCCAUGUGCAAAAGAAAGAAAAAAAAAAACCUACGAACCUGUAGAAAGUUUGGUCUCCUCUGCACUUUGUCAUGGAAACAGUUAAAACGUGAAUGCGAAGCGUUGACGUGAGCUUCGGAGACUCUUAGUUCGUUUUAUAGAUAAAUACCCGAGGUUUCUGUGAAGAAAAGUACCGAAGAAGAGAAAAACAAAGAAAGCGACAAUCCCGGCGUUUAAACUUUAAAGUCCGACGCAUCAGGAGGAGGAGGUUUCGGCUCUUCGGCGAGGAAGCACGAGAUGGAGGAAGAGCAUCUGGAAAGAAGAGAGGAGGAGGACACAACACUAAAAACUCCCUACACAAAGAGAGAGGAGAAGGAAACGAUGGAGGCUGGAUCCAAAGACGAGGCACACGGAGAUCUCAUUGUUGGACACACUCCCAUCUCCGCCGCCUCCUCUCCUUAUCUGGCCUGUUCUCUACACCGAGGAAGAGGACUUGAAGAGGAAGACGAGGUCAGAGUAGCUCUAGUCACUAUCGAGGACGAGUCCUGUCCGUCUGAGCUGUUUGACACGGCUCACCUCCACGUCACAAAUACAGUCCUACGAACUGAGGAAGACGUAGAUGGAAAAGAGGAGGAGGAAAAGGGAACAGGCACAGAGGUGCAGAGGGCAAACUGUGAAGGAGAGGAGGAACAGGAGGAGAGCACAGAGGUGACCUCACCCUCACUCCAGCUGCAGAUCCAGAUGAAGAGGAAGUUGGAUCAUGGUCCAGAUGGUCGACCGUUCCCUUCAGGGAAGAAGCACUGCAAAGGCAGCGGGUUCCUCAGUCCGUCUGCUCUGGUCCAGGCCACGCCCACCACGUUCGGCGACCUGCGGCUGGCCAAUGGGCAUUCGGCUCAGCGGCGGCGGGUCACCUCGGGCCCCCCCCCCUCCGGCCUGCAGGACUGGCUUCACACCUUCCAGAUGUGGAGCGGCCCGGAGAGGCUCCUGGCUCUGGACGAGUUGAUCGACAGGUGUGAGAACAGUCAGGUGAAGCACGUGAUGCAGGUCAUCGAGCCCCAGUUCCAGAGAGACUUCAUCUCGCUGCUGCCCAAAGAGCUGGCCCUGUACGUGCUCACCUUCCUGGCUCCCAGAGACCUGCUGCAGGCGGCGCAGACCUGCCGCUACUGGAGGAUCCUGGCCGAGGACAACCUGCUGUGGAGGGAGAAGUGCCGGGAGGAAGGUAUAUCAGAGUGUGUGUCUCUUCGUGUGAAGUGUGCACGGCCAGUCGCUGCAGUCAGUCCGUGGAAGUCUGCCUUCAUCAGGCAGCACUGCAUCGAAACCAACUGGAGGAAGGGCGACGCGCGGGAGCCCAUGGUGCUGAAAGGCCACGACGACCACGUCAUCACCUGCCUCCAGUUCAGCGGAGACCUGAUCGUCAGCGGCUCCGACGACAACACCCUCAAAGUGUGGUCGGCCGUCAGCGGCAAGUGCCUGCGGACGUUGACGGGUCACACGGGCGGCGUGUGGUGCAGCGAGAUGACGGCCGCCACCGUGAUCAGCGGCUCCACCGACCGCACGCUGCGCGUGUGGGACGCCGAGGGCGGAGACUGCGUCCACACGCUGUACGGACACACGUCCACGGUGCGCUGCAUGCACCUCCACGGCAACCGGGUGGUGUCGGGCUCUCGGGACACCACGCUGCGAGUGUGGGACGUGUCGUCGGGCCGCUGCGAGCACGUGCUGACGGGCCACAUGGCGGCGGUGCGCUGCGUCCAGUACGACGGGCGCCGGGUGGUGUCCGGGGGCUACGACUACAUGGUGAAGGUGUGGGACCCUGAGACGGAGGCGUGUCUGCAUACACUGCAGGGACACACCAACAGAGUGUACUCGCUACAGUUUGACGGCGUGUUUGUGGUGAGCGGCUCCCUGGACACGUCAAUCCGAGUGUGGGAUGCAGAGACAGGUGGAUGUGUCCACACGUUGACCGGCCACCAGUCCCUCACCAGCGGCAUGGAGCUGCGGGACAACAUCCUGGUGUCGGGGAACGCAGACUCCACGGUCCGGGUGUGGGACGUCCGGACGGGCCAGUGCCUCCACACGCUGCAAGGUCCUAACAAGCACCAGUCAGCGGUGACGUGCCUCCAGUUCUGCAGAGGCCUGGUUCUGUCGAGCUCAGACGACGGGACGGUCAAGCUGUGGGACCUGAGGACCGGAGCCUGGCUGAGGGACGUGGUGGCGCUGCAGAGCCGCGGGUCAGGUGGCGUCGUGUGGCGGAUCCGAGCGUCCGACACGCGGCUGGUGUGCGCCGCCGGCAGCAGGAACGGGACGGAGGAAACCAAACUGUUGGUGCUGGACUUUGACCUGGACGACAAGAGGAAGGAGAGCGACUGAGGAGGACGCUUUGCUUUUGAGCACUCGUCCGCUCUCACACACUCUGACUUAGUUCUGACCAAAGUCGUGGCGGUUUCCAGCUUUUCCGACACACGGAUGUGAAUGUUCCAGUGCAGAGACACGUGGACACAGUGAGGUUCCCAGAGGCAUUCAGCUCCAGGUGAAUGUGAGCUGGACAAAAGCACGGAGGCUUCUGACGGAAGAGACCAUGAAUGAUUUACUUUAAUGCUGCUGAACCAACGAGGACUCGCCUCAACCAACCAACCAACCAACCCACACGAACCAAAUGAUGGCGGCCGGAGACACGUGCAACGUUUAGAGGCAGACACGAAACCAAUGUGAGCGGAUCCAGUAUAGUCUUUAUGAGCAGAAGUGUCUUUGCCCGUUUCUGGCUCAGACUGAGCGUCUGUUUCAGGCCUGUUACUGUAACGUGCUGUAGCCACUGGUUCCACUGGUGAAUUCUGUUUUUCCAGUAAGUUAGUCAGCACAAGUAUUGUGUUAGUGUUAUUGAAGGUGGAAACCACGGUUUCAUAGAACAACUGCGAAGCUGUUUGCACCUGUUACAACAAACCAUCGUUUAAUCUGCAGAGGAUUAAAACAUGUUACAGCAUUUAAACAAAAAAUCCAUAAUGUCCAAUUACCAAUUGGUGAUUGGACAAAAGGUUUAAAGACAGUUACUUUUAUAUAAAUAUCAUUUUAUUAGUACAUUUAUAAAUCGUUAUUGGCAGAUUACUCAAUUCAGAUAAUAACUUUAAACCCUGACAUGAAAAUCUAUGCCAUGAAACCUUCCAGAAGGAAAAUUCAUUUAUUUUAGUUACAUGUUUAAAAAUGUCUUGGCAUCCAUUCAGUCAGAUCUGUUUGUCGGAUGUUUUAAAUCUGAUUCCUCCUCUAAAGGGUCACUUAACAUGUUUUCUUCUGCUGCUGAAAUAUUAAACACAUUCAUAAUUGAAAACGUCAACUUAACAGAUAUUAAUCUGAUAACCUGCUGUUGCCAGGCAACGCCUCCAGCCAAUAGCCAGAGAUCUGGGUGAUAUUUUGCCCGGCAACAGGUGGUUUUCGAGGAACGUUGACCUUUGCAGGUGUGAGACUCUGUAGAGAUGUAAUCAUGUAAAAUACUGUAAAUACAAGAGGAUGUAAAUAUUCAGCUUUUUAUAAGAACAAGAGAGAAAAUAUUAUGGAAUGAGACCAGGAUGGAUGAAAAACGAUCAAUAAAGAUUUUUUUUAUAAA